GCAACUCCACCACCGGUUUGUUUGUGUCGGUGCUGAAGAUGGAAGAAGCAGAUCAACAAGAAAACAAAAGCGCAUCUCAUAUGUGAACCAGAAUUGCCUGCAGCUGCUAAACACUGCAUUGAAUGUAUUCUAUCUCUCUUUUUAUUUCUCCCACAUGCGCGCCUGCACACGCGCGCACACGCUUUCCCCACGCAGCCAAGCGCGCGCACGGAAACCUGCUUGUCAAUGCACUGCACAGGAGCCCCUGACAGUGCCCGUGCCUGCCUGUGAUCGCUGCCGCUCCGCAGGAUGUUUGCGCAGAGGACACCUGCCUCCGCUGGUGACUGCCCCGACCCCGCAGGAACAAUCCAGCACGUUUCCACUUCCUAACUUUUGCAACGUGUGACGGUUUUUGUUGUUACGAGACUAUGUUUCUAUCGGGUGAAAAAACCCGGUAGAGCCAGGCGUUGAUUGACUUCCAACUUGGGGCUUGAUGACACGGUUAUUUGCGGCAGGUUUGGAAAGUUGCACUGCGUCAGGGAGUAUGGGCGCAAACUUUAAUAGCUUUUUAUAAUCGAGUGACAGUUUCUAGAAUGAAAGCAGGUGAGUCACCCUUUGCGUGAGAGGCGCGCAGAGCUCCACGACUCUCCAGGUGCUGGAAAGGAAAAGCUACACUGAGGAAGUCGUGAUCUGUGCGGCGGAUUGCGCUACGGAGGACGGAACGGUCCGAUGAGACAACAUGGGUCCAUUGCUGUGUGAUGGACGACUGACAUACCUCCUCUUUCCUCUCCUUCUCCUCUUGCGGGCUCCCCUGUUGUUCAGCUUUGGUGAGCGCACCUGCCCCAGUAGCUGUCGAUGUGAGGGGAAAACUGUCCAUUGUGAUUCAUCUGGAUUCUUAGAUGUCCCAGAAAACAUCUCUGUGGGCUCCCAGGGCCUCUCAUUGCGUUACAAUGAACUCCACACCCUGCUACCUUAUCAAUUUGCUCACCUUAGCCAACUUCUCUGGAUAUAUUUGGACCACAAUCAGAUUUCAGCUGUUGACAGUCGAGCAUUCCAAGGGGUCCGCAGGCUUAAAGAACUAAUACUGAGCUCCAACAGGAUCACAUCCCUGCACAAUUCAACAUUCCAUGGAAUUCCCAAUCUUCGUAAUCUGGACUUGUCCUACAACAAAUUAGAAGUUCUGCAGCCAGGUCAAUUUCAUGGUUUACGAAAACUACAAAACCUACAUCUACGCUCAAAUGGUCUUUCCAACAUCCCAAUUCGAGCAUUCUUGGAGUGCCGAAGUUUAGAGUUUCUUGAUUUGGGCUACAAUCAAAUCAAAGCUCUUACCCGCACCACCUUUCUGGGGCUACAGAAGCUGAUGGAGUUGCAUUUGGAGCAUAACCAGUUCUCACGGAUCAACUUUUUUCUGUUUCCACGCUUAGCCAAUCUGAGAUCACUCUAUCUGCAGUGGAACCGCAUUAGGGUGGUGAACCAGGGCCUUCCAUGGACUUGGUAUACACUGCAGAAACUUGAUCUGUCUGGAAAUGAAAUCCAGACCCUGGACCCAGCUGUGUUUCACUGCCUGCCCAACCUUCAAGUCCUCAACCUAGAAUCCAACAAAUUGUCCAAUGUGUCUCAGGAGGCGGUGUCAGCCUGGAUUUCACUGACCUCCAUCAGCCUCGCUGGGAACAUGUGGGAUUGUGGAACUGGCAUAUGCCCCCUUGUGGCUUGGUUGAGGAAUUUUCGGGGCAGUAAAGACACCACUAUGAUAUGCAGCAGCCCAAAAUAUCUCCAGGGAGAAAAAAUUAUGGAAGCCACAAGGAGCCAUGGUAUUUGUGAAGAAACUGAUUACAUUCUAACUGAGACACCUUCACCAAUCAACUUUGUUCCUCUCCCUCCAUUCAGACCUCGACCUAUUCCUCAUCCUACCUUUCCAGGCCAUAUGAGCAAAGACCCAAGAGACUCAGUUGCUCGUGCUCGACCCACUCACAUACCACCCCCAGAGAUGGAGCACAUGACUCUGCACAAAGUGGUGGUGGGCAGUGUUGCACUCUUCUUCACCAUGUCCCUAAUCUUGACAAUUAUCUAUGUGUUGUGGCGGCGGUACCCAGGUGCAACAAGGUUGCUGCAGCAGCGAUCCAUGGUGGGGAGGCAGCGUUGCAAAAAGAGUCCAGAACCAGAACAGAACCUGAGCACCCAACUUCAAGAAUAUUACAUGAGCUACAACCCUGCUGCCACACCAGAGGCAUUGGAGGUGUUAGGCAAUGGCACUGGUUCCUGUACUUGCACAAUUUCUGGCUCCAGGGAGUGUGAGGUAUGAUCCAUCACAGCAGCCUAAAAAUAAAACUCAAAACCAAAAUAAAAGGCUCAACAGAGAGAAUGAGUACACAUUACCCCGCCCGCUACCUGGUGCCUGGCUGGGAGAUGUGCCUACCAUCCAUUAACCCCGUAAAGGAACUGCUUUGGAUGGUGCAGCAAACCACAAUGAAGCUGGAUCACAGAGACAUAUACAGAGAACCCAUCUGGAUCCUUCUCCCAUUAUUCGCAUUCAAGAACACACUAACAAGGGUAACCAUGGACCAAGACACAGAGGGGAUAAUACUGUCUUUUCUUUUUUUUUUUCCUUAAGAUUUUGUAAAGUCGUUUUUGGUCAUCAACUUUGCUGCAUUUCAUCCUGCUUCAUCACAACACAAAUCCUGACUUCAGUGGUUGUGGAAGUGCAGUCCUAUGGUGAACAGCAGAGCCUUGGGAGAAGACUCAUGAGCACUAAUGGAUGGUUAUAACCAACAUGGGAGCAUACAGUAUAGACUAUAAUAGCUGAUUGUUUCCAUGAGGACAACAUGGCUUUGUUUUAAACACAGUCAAAGGACUGUACAAAUUCAAGAGGCUUUAAGAAGUGUAAACUGAGCAAUGAAUUAUUAAUGAAAAUGCACUGAAGAAGUAGCUCGGACCACUCUGCUAACACAGCUGUGUAUAAUUUAAAGAGAGUUUGCAUAUUUUGAUUCCAUAUAAAGCAUCAUGUUAUCACCUUUCAAUACUUAGUUCAUUUUUUAAAGAAAGUCUAAUCAAAGAUGGAGUAAAUGUGCCUCACUGGAGCAGGAAAAUUAUGAAAUGAGUCGCUGAAAGGGAAAUCUGCUCUAUCAGUUGGAAAUCACCUGCAGUCAGCACUUGGAAGAUAGUUUGAAGUGUCUGAAAAGUUGCCAGAGGAAAGCAAACUAUUCCCCAGCCAAUGAUUCUUGGUGAAGUAUGUUUGUUUGCUUUCUUUAAAAAAAAAAAAGAAGUUUUUUUUAAGUUGUUUCUAAUUGCAAUCAAACCUCGACUGUCUAGUUUGGUUUGGAGGACAGACAGGGCAAUCAGAAGCAAAAGAGGGAAAAAGCUCCUAUUAGGGGUAAAAUGUAAUUUUCUGAAAUUAUAAUGUUGUUAAUGUUGUACUUUAUGAAUAUGUGUUUCUGCCAUUUUCAGCACCAAAUACCAAAGAGCCAAAUGGAGCAGUUCUGACUUUUGGCUCUCCCAACCAUGGGUUAUAACAGAUCUAGGAUUUGUUCUUUUAAAAGUAAUCCACAAACAAUGAAAAGAAGCCUCAACUCCUCCCACGUCCAGCGGUGCUUUGUUACCGACCGUGCUUUUUUCAUGUGUGUGUAAUGUGUAUGUCUUUGUGAACAAAUGAUCUUACAAUGACAGUCUUCGUUAGGAAGCUCUUGUCUGAAAGAUAACUUUGGGCACUGCUUUACAUUUUAUGGCUUAUGUUGAAUACAUGCUUUACUUUUCUUACAACAAUCACCCCUGUCUUUCCCCUCUAAGAGACUGCAGAUGCUGCUGUGUGUGGUUCUGCGUGUGCUUGUGUUUCAUCUGUUAUGAGUUCUUAGUUAUAUUUGAGAUGCCCUGAGUUGUGAAUUGUCUGUUGCAACCCUCCAACAUAAUCUUUCUACUUCAGAAAAUGAUAAAUUUCUAUUGUAAAUUUCAGCCCCCCCACCCGAAUUUGUUGAUAUUUAGUAAACAGCUGUAUUGUUUGUUCACUUUAAACAGUAUGUUUUAUAAUUAAAAUAAUUACUUUAUUGGUGAGCAGUAUGAAGUGGUCAAAUUAAAAUAUUCAUUAAUCAUUCUUUGUUCAUGCUGUGUGUGUGUGUAUGAAACAUUUUCAUUGUGUGUGUGUGUGUGUGCGCACACUGUACAGUUAAUAAGCUUGUACCAUGUUCCAUGUCUUCAUUCACACCUGUUGAAAUCUGUCCUAUUUCCUGCAAAUCAGCAGUGACAAGGCCGUCACAUCAACAUUAGCCUCAUUAAUUUAGAGAGCAGGACAUUGAUCUCUGUUCGACCGCUCUGUUCAUGGUGCCACUCACUGCCGGCCCCACCAGCUCUCUAAUUACACUUCUUGUGUAAUGUGUUGCAUAUCUCAAGAGGGUCCCCCGCUCUCAUUGAAUUUGCUAGUCAUUCACUGCACUUGGAACAUGUCAAGCUGUCAGCUCAGAGGUCCAGAUGGCCACCCUGCCCAGUGCUCCCUGUGGUAUUUUCACACACUACUCUCUACCUAUCACCCCCUACUACAGUAUACUGUAUCUCUUCCUUGCUCAUCUUGACUUCUUCUCUGUCAAGUGCCCACAUUUGUUUUGUUUUUUUUACUACCUGCCAGUAUUUAUGCCAUUUUUGGUUGCAAUGAAAUGUUAAUGGUUUUCUGUUUUGUGUUGCUCAAAACA